GUCAAAAAUGGUCUCGGAAAAUGUAAGCAAAAGGCUGCUGUGGCUGUGUGGCACGCGUGUAUUGUAGUGCGUGGAAGUAGCUAGAAAGCGUGCGAGUGUUUCCUCCUUUUUGUUGUUCGUUCGCGGCGGGAAAGUUUUUCCCUUGUGUCCCCCCGCACACACACAUCGUUCGGUCAUAAAGAAAAGUUUCCGUUCCGUGUGUUACGAAGUGUGCCAUUUUCCCUCCGGUCAGUGCUGUGGGUCGACUGUUGCAACAUACCCACCACCCACCAGUUGGAUGCACAGUCUUGAAUGUUCUGUGUCGGAUGCUGCAACAGGCUGAACGGAAAAAGAUCUACUCGUAGACAGUGGAUUUGCCUCAUCGAACUCCUCUGAAUGCCAACACUACUCCGGUCCACCGAACCAACGAACCGAAGGGGGAGGAGGGGACUGCAAACGAUGCACCCGCGGGGGUGCGGUGAAGGGUUAUGGUUUUUUGUUGAAUUUUAGAUAAGAUAGCCCAGCAAGUCUUCUAUCGCCAGCAGCACCCUCCAGCCAGGAUGGGAUUCGAGUACGAACUGCUGCAACAGCAAGACUCGUCCGAACGCACACAGCCACCGGCCGGCUCGAGGCGCAAGGGCGGCUCGAAGGGCGGCGGUGGACCGGGCGGCAGCAAUCUGCGCUUUUCCUUCAUCUGUCUCGUGGUUAGCGCGUCGCUGCUCAUCUUCCUGCUCGGCGCGUACACCGACUCGUUCCAUCCGAUCAUCGACGGCAUUGCGGGCCGGCUCGGAUACCAUGAGAAAAUCUACGCCGUCGUGAUCGAUGCCGGCUCGACCGGGAGCCGCGUGCUGGCGUUCGAGUUUCACCACGGCACACUGGACGGGCGGCUCGUGCUAGACUACGAGCUGUUCGAGCAGUCGAAACCGGGCCUGUCGGCGUUUGCGGGCCGGCCGGAGGAAGGGGCGGCCAGCAUCGGCAAACUGCUCGACCUUGCCAAGCGCGUGGUGCCGGAGGCGAAGCUGUCCCAGACACCGCUGGUGCUGAAGGCGACGGCCGGGCUGCGAUUGCUCCCGCCUGCCCAAGCGGAAGCACUGCUCGCUGCCUGCCGCGAGCUGUUCAAAUCGUCCGGCUUUCUGGUUAACGCGCAGUCGGUGGAGAUCAUGGACGGUACGGACGAGGGCAUCUUUUCCUGGUUCACGGUUAACUUCCUGCUCGGCAAGCUGACCGGGCGCAACACGGUGGCGGCGCUGGAUCUCGGCGGUGGCAGCACGCAGGUUACGUUUGCGCCGCGCGACGUCUCGCAGACGCCGCUGUACAAGGAAUACAUGCACCGGGUGCCCACGUUCAGCUCGUACGUGGAGGUGUUCACGAACAGCUACCUUGGGGCGGGGCUGCACGCGAUACGGCACGCGGUGUUUACGCACCGGGCGGCCGAAAACCAGACCAAGCUGUCGAGCGAGUGCGUGAAUCCGAUCAUCCACGAGAAGCUGUUCCGAUACGGGACGGGCCAGUACUACAUUAGCGGGAAGGACAAUCCGAAGGCGACGGCCGAGAACCCCGUGGUCGACUACGAGCUGUGCGCGUCGAUCGUAAAGCAGAAGCUGCUGCCGACGCUCAAGCCGAAGCCGGUCACGCUGAAGCAGCACGAAAUAUCGGCCUUCAGCUACUUCUUUGAUCGUGCGAUCGAGACGGGGCUUGUUGAUCCCAUGCAGGGUGGCGAGACGACGGUGGGCGAGUUUGUGAGCAAAUCGCGCGAGGUUUGCGCGGAAGCGAACGCAGACCAACCGUUCAUGUGUGUGGAUUUGGUCUUCAUCUCGACGCUGCUCGAAGAGGGUUACGGACUGAAGGCAAAAACGCCCCUGAAGCUGUAUAAAAAGAUUGACGGACACGAAAUAUCGUGGGCAUUGGGCUGUGCGUACAACAUUUUGACGAGUCGCGAAAAUGCGAUGAAACAUAAGUAGGGUUAUAAGGCAACGAUGGGUUCCAAAACUAACAUUGGAAUCAACUGACGACGCUGAUGCAGUCCAACAUCAGUGGAGAAGAUGCAAUCAGGUGGUAACGCCACAACCGUUACCAACCCCUUUUCGAAUCCGGAGAGAGCGUUUGAGGGGGGAAACGCAGAACGCCAACGAAGCAAUCGGAAGGAAGGAUUAUUAUCCGUUCUUUGAAUCACUCUAUGAGAGAAGGUGGUCAGAAUGGCAGAAGAGAGAACAGACAGACAGAGAGAGAGAGGAAUUUAGAGCAAAAAUGGGAUAUUACUGUAACUAUAUUUAAUUGCUACCCCUAUACAGGUCGUUAUUAUUGAACAUUUUCCACCGAGUUCGCUACGCGAGAUAGAUUGAGAGAGAAAGAGGUAGCAGGAGAAAAAAAAGGUACAGGGUGACAAAGGAAAAGGGAUGUUUUAACACAGGCAUUUAGACAAAACGAAAGGCAACGAUCGGUUCCACAUCCCUACCGAGUUUUACUUUUCCAACCAAAACACCCGUUUUUCACUCCCUUUACUCUCAAUGACAAGUUUUACAAAAAAAAACACACCUCCGAAUCACGUUUUUUACACAACGGAAGCAACAUUAAACGAAAAAAAAAACAACCGGUCCCGCCAUAUAGUAAACAUAGUGAAUUUUCAAAAGACAGAACUAUAUUUUAAUAUGUUAGUAAAAACUGGAGGAAUUAAACAGAAGAAAAAAAGCACAAUCCAUUUGCCAAAAACAUGGGAGGAUGUUGGUGGGAAGAAUGGUACAGUUUUUGGUGUCUCUUUACAAGGAAUCGAAAGGAAACGAAGAAGUAAAAAGAUAAAGGAACCGCGAAGAGUGUGGUUUUUAAACUCGAAAAGAAAACAGCAAACAGACGCUUUUUACAACAAAACUAAACAAAAAAGAACCGUAACUAUAUCCAAGAUGUGCCUUUUUUCUAGUAAAAUUGUUCGUAUCAGUACGUGCGUGCGUGAAGUGAAGAGCACGCUAGAGAGAGGAAAAAGAUUAAGUAAGUGUUAGAGGAAACCAUUCCUAAUGCAAGCACAGAUAUCAUCAUACAGGGUUUUUGAGGAGUUCUCAUAGCUGUGAGACACUGUAUUGACUCUUUCUUACGUGAAAUGAACAUAAUGUAAUGGGAAUUGGACUCUAUAGCACCCUUGUUGGACAAAUCCAAUAUGAAUUUCCAAGGAGCCUGUCCAAAUAGGAUGCAAUAGAGUCCAAUUUCCAUCAUAUGAAGUUCACUUCCCAUAGGAAAGAGACAAGAGAAGUGUCGCACAACUAUGAGAAACCCACUGGAAAACCCUGUAAAUCAUAAGCAUCAGUGACGAGUUUGGUAUCACCAAAUCACCAACGAUCGUAAUUUCGUAGCCAUCAACGCAUAAAAAGAGACAAGAAUCAUGCUAAAUAGACAUACAACCAUUAAACAGCAACAAGAAACAGACCUGUAUAGUGUGUGAGUAGCGUACAGUAAGAGAAAGAGAGAGAGAGAGAAAAUGUGGGGAAAACAGAUAGUAGAAUCAUAGCAAAAGCAAUGCACGCGCCUAGCCGUGCUUAGAACAAAAAAACGUGUUUAGUCUGCACCAACAACCUUUACCGUUUUGCACCUCUCCCUUGCACCCCGAACUCUCUCCCACAUGCCACACGGCACACUUUUAUUUGUGGCAAUCGCGUGAAUCAGCCCAGUGUGUGUAUGUAUUUUAGCUUCCCUUUGUGGCCAGCUGGUUGAUUGUGGUUGAGACAGUGCGUUUUUACCUUUAAUAUCCGUGAUUAGUUGUUGAUGUUGUUGUUUGCUGUUGAUGUUUGAGGUAAGGUGAGAGGAGAGAAGGAAUAGAAAGAGCCCCCCUCCCCCGUUUGUAGUUUGCUAAUAGUGUAGAGUGAUCGUAUAAGCACAAUGUACUGUGAGCAGAGCACAUCCGCAUAUAUGUGUGUGUUUAGAGUGUGUCGUAUCCAUCCCUUGACUCCCAUUUACAUUCCCAUUGGUUCAUCCCAUUCCCUUUUGUGAAAGCUCACGUCUCUGUCCCUGUCCUUAUGAGUUUAAACGCACAUUACGCUAACGGCACUGUCGUCGAUCAUUCAUGGCAGCAAAGGCACAGGCACUUAUGCGGUUUAAAAACAAGCUAGAUUUCAGGCACAGCACACUUUGUUAUCAUUUCAUUAACACAAAUGAAGAAAGAAGGAGGAAAUGCUUUCUGAAUUGCAAUAACGGACGAUCACUAUAAGUGAGACAAACGGUGUAUAAGGCGCGAGAUGAGAGAGAGGAAUGUAUUUGCACCCUUCUGAUGUGGCAAAGGAAAACAAAAUAUAAAAAACAAUUAAUUUGCACCAAUAGAGAAGCUUUCUAUGUACAGGGUUUUUUUGUUUUGUUUUUUAUUAACCUUCUUUAUGAUUUUCUUCCAUCCGAGGACACUCCGAUGCAUCUAUCCGCUACUGCUAAAAAUAAAAGUAAAACCUCAGGACGGUGUGAUACCAAUGAA